UGGCAUCGAUAUGAAUGGAGUUUUAAAGGGAUUCCCAGAUUGCCUCCAAGCUGACAUUUGUUUACAUCUGAACAGGCAACUUCUCAACAAUUGCGAUGCUUUCAAAGUGGCAAGCCCUGGUUGCCUAAGAGUUCUUUCGAUGAAGUUCCGGUCUACACAUGCGCCCCCUGGCGAUACACUUAUACAUCCGGGUGACAUUCUAGAGUCCCUCUACUUCAUAGCCAGAGGUUCCAUUGAAAUAUUAAAAGAUGACAUAGUUAUGGCUAUUCUCGGAAAGGAUGACAUAUUUGGUGGAGAUAUAUUGGAAGCAAAUCAAGUCCACGGUGUGUCUAAAUCAAGCUAUUGUAUUAGGGCUUUAUCAUAUUGUGACCUUCACAAGAUUGAUCUGGACGACCUUCAAGAGAUACUCGACGUCUAUCCUGAAUUCGCUCAAAACUUCCUGAAAUCGUUUCACGUAACAUUUAACUUAAAACAUAUCCCUGGUGAGGGAGAAUUUAUACAUAGAACAGCCUCGACAAAAAUGCCAGAAGAAACACUAAAAUUUAUCAGACAGAAACGUCCCAGACUUCAGUCAAAAGGUAAACGGGGCUUAUCAAGGGGUAUAUCACCACGCGGUAUACCUCCACCAGAGAGACGACGCCAUAGUCAUGUGCUCGAUAGUAGUGACGAUGACACAUCCCCUGGCAUUUUAGAAUUGAGUAUAGAACGUUCGGAAGAAAAGCGAGCAUUACAACUACAAGACAGUAUUUCAGGAGAUGAGAGAAAUCCAUCUUUAAGUGGUAGCGUUCCGACAUUAUAUAGUGGCACAUCUAGUAUUAUACGAAAGAGACCAACUUCUCAACCCGUUCACCUUAAACCCUUAUUGACAAAAGCUACUUCACAAUCGAAACCCCAUGUAACUACACAGCACGGGUUGUCACCUAUAGAAUCUAUCUCCAGUUCAACCUCACACAUUCCAAAAUCUAGUUCUAGCACUGGUCCCAUAUCAUACCACGCUGCAUCUCCCAUAGACUACGAAGUCCACCAAGAAACAAUAGAUGGAAAUCAUUCAACUAAAAUGUCUCAUAUAGAUGCACAACUAACAGAUAUAACACAGAGAAUGCAGAGAUUUGAAUACAAUUUGUGCACAACUGUAGAUGCAAUAUUGGAGAUUUUAGGUCAUAAACCAAAAUACCCUCAUAUCAGUGGUCCGCCACCUUCAAUGCAGCAUCCGUUAAAUGUAGACAGGGUUCAAAGACCUAAGACCUUACAGGUUGUCACAAAACCAUAUAAAUCACGAACCCAAGUGCAAGCAUAGCUUUGGAUAUAUACAUCCAGAAUCGUGUACAUAUUAAGUGAUGUAUGUACCAGAAUUACAACAUAUUUCAAUGAAAGCAAAUGUCCAAAGUCCAGGGGCUGGAGGAAACGUUACUACUUAUUACUCCUAUUGGAUUUGACACCGAUUCUUACUGUGCCAAGAGGAUUCAUUGUCUAAUUGAACCGAGAAUGGGACACAGUGGCGAUAGAUAUUUUAAAAAUGAACAUUAUUAUGAACAUAUGUGUAAUUCAAUGCUAACAACUACUCUAAAGUCAAGAGAUACCAAGGAGUACUAGCUAUUAGAAAGAUGGAACUACUGAAAGGGUAGUUGACAACACAUAUUUGAGUAGGACUACUUCCGGACUACAUGAAUGGGGCCCACGUUAGCAUGAACGUCACUGCUACUGUGAAAAAGUCCGAAUUGAUUAGUCAGCCAACUGGUGUUAGGACAAAUAGUUUUCAGGGGGGAUUAAGUAACGUUUUAUAUCUCAAAGAAUGUAUGAACAAUGAUUUGAGGACAGUCAAUAGACAGAAGUCCAUUACCUGACAUUUGUGUGUCGGGUACGAGUAAGAUAAUAAGUAUUAAUCCGUUAAGCUCUGAGAAAAACACGUAACAUUAGAUCUCUUCAAACAUAUACAUGUAUAAUUUGUGAAGAGAACAGUUGAUAUCAAAUUGAUGAGUUUGAGUAUAGCU